AUGAAUCUAGAGAGCAAGACCGUACAUCCAUUCUUUUCCAAGUCCUCGAGCACCCACGCCCCCGAAUCAGUGGACCCCACAACCGAGCCCAAAAAUGACGAUGCACACGAGAACACCGAAACCACCGAAACCACCGAAACAAACCCCAAGGCUGGCCCAGGUCGCAAGAAACGGCCAAGGAAAACGGAUGGGGUAAAGGACAAGAACUCCGGUUCUCACAUGAGGAACCAGGCAUCUCUAGACAGAUUCACUCGCCCACCAACACAGGGGGCCGAGGGAAACACCAUGCACAGCACCGAUACCUCUGCGGAAGCCUCUUUAGACGUGGACCCCAACCACGAUCGGAGGAAAAGACAAAAGACCGCCUCUCCAGACCCUUUACUGGAACCGCCGCCCUCAGCGCAACCGCAACCAGAUUCUCUAGAUUGGCAUCAGCAGUUACAGGUACAAGCAGAGGGACCGAUGGGCUUGCAAGGAACAACUGCACCGCUAAAACAUACUGAUUUGACAAUGGUGGGCAUCGUGGAGGAACCGACACAUAAGCUAGAAGAAGAGUCAGGUCUGCCUCUUGCGCCUAGCACUCCACCAUCCACGGCACUCCCAGGGACUGAGACCAGUCUAUCGGAACCCGUCUUGGACGACCCCAAGAAAGUGAUUCCAAAGAAACAAAUCAAGAUCAGCAAGAGCGGCAAACUUCUCUCCAGUCCACCGAAGCCAGCAAUGGAGCCUGAAGCAUCACUGAAAAAGCGACGAGGCCGCAAACCUACGAAAGCCAAGAUCCUUCCUACUGUGACAGUCAUUAGUUACGGCACAGAUGCGACGAGUCGAGCAACAAUCGGUCAAAAGAUUGAAGAUAUUAUGAAUGCGCAGAAGACAUCGAAAACACGCACAGCGACACAGAACAAGGCUCCACCGAAGCCCACUGCGCCCACGAAGAACACUCAUCCCUUCUUUCGCGGCAAAGCCCAGAAAGAUGCACCCCCAGCUAAAGUGACUGCCGAACUACCUCCACCAAACCCAAGGAAAAGCGCUUGUACUCCCGGGAAGCUACGUGCUGAAGCGCUCAGAGAUCGAUCGCCUGAGCCUGUGCACGCAUUCAAUAGCGGACUACGGACCAAUAAAGACGGGAAACAAUCCGGGUUGAACGAAGCUGUGUGGCCUACUGGGGAGAAUGCACAUGUUCGUAACAUGGACACAACCAACCGGGAGCCACUUCUGGAUAACUCAGCUUGCGUACAGCUAGCAUUAAGGCCGAGGAAGCUAAAAAAUGCCGUCGUAACCGUUCCAAACCGCGAAGAUCUAGUCGCCAGACUUGUGCAUGAUCUACUCAGCCAUCGAAUUAGUCCGGAUGAUCAGUCUACAUCACAGCCAGGGCACACCGAAGGCGCCCGGCUACCAACUCGACUACUUACUACAGGUGUAGAGAUACAACGCAGAAUACGUGAGCAACUGUUGGCCAAAGUGUCUACGUCAGGAAUACGGGCGCCUCAUCCCGCCAUCAAAGACCUUUUUGAUGAGAUAGAACACACUCUUACGCCUUUCGAUGAAGGAAGAUGUGAGGUUCUGCCUUGGACUCAGAAGUACGCCCCAAAAACUGCAUCGCAUGUACUACAGACCGGUAAAGACGCCAUAGUCCUGAAAGACUGGUUGCAAAGCCUGACGGUUCUCGCUGUGAGUGGCACACUGAAAGCAACCACCAUGCUAGAUGCAAAACAGCCACCCAAGAAGAAACGAAAGAAGGCUCUAGACAGUUUCAUCGUGGACGAUGAUGAAGAGGACGAGGACGAGGACGAGGACAUGAUAAUGAUACCCGGUCCAGAAGGAACAAGUCUUAUACAGCCAGGAUCUUACAAGCUGCCACAAUGGUCACGGAACAAGAACGUUGUGCUCAUUAGUGGACCGCACGGAAGUGGUAAGAGCGCAACAGUGCAUGCGGUAGCCAAAGAACUGGGGUUCGAAGUGUUCGAAAUAAACGCUGGUAUGCGUCGCUCAGGCAAAGACAUACAGGACAAGGUUGGCGACAUGACUGCAAACCACUUGGUGAAUCAUAAACGCGGUGCAGCAUCUAUACAAGAGUCUAUGCAAGUCGACGAGGAUACAGACGACGAUCGCAUGGACAUGGCCUUAGAGAAGGACAUCAGUAGCGGACGACAAGGAACGAUGACGUCCUUCUUCCAAGCAAAACCCGGAGCAGCGACUGCCAAACCAAAACCCAAAGUACGAGUUCCAGAGGUCAAGAAGACAACAGCCCCUGCAGCCCAAUCUACACUUCCUCUAGUGCAAGGAUCGCGUAACUCGCAGAAGCAGUCGCUGAUCCUCGUUGAAGAGGCCGACAUACUCUUUGAUGAAGACCAGCAGUUUUGGGCUCAAAUCAUCAAGAUUGCCUCGCUAUCCAAACGCCCCAUUGUCAUCACUUGCAACGACGAACGGCAAAUUCCGAUGCAUGAUCUGCCGCUCGCAGCUAUUCUUCGACUUCAACCAGCUCCCAUGGAUGUCGCGACUGACUAUCUACUUAUUCUUGCGGGCAAGGAAGGCCAUAUUCUUGAGCGGCAGGCUGUCAGAGAUUUGUACGAGUCGAAAGAUCAUGAUCUUCGAGCUAGUAUCAUGGAACUAGAUCUUUGGUGUCAAAUGUCGGUGGGCGAUAGAAAGGGUGGCUUGGAAUGGAUGUACCAGCGUUGGCCAGCCGGCAAGGACAUGGAUGAGCAUGGUCGGACACUGAGAGUCGCCAGCGAAGGCACCUACAAAUCUGGCAUGGGUUGGCUUUCUCACGACGUAUUCCAGACGCGAUCCAACGCCGCAUUUGACAAACAAGAAGAGCUCUUGCAGGAAAUCUGGGCCGAGUGGGGAAUCAGUCCAUCCGCUUGGACAGCAUCACUGAGGAACGAGCAACAUCCACGUCCAACACACAACUCCGAACCGUCUUCUAGCAUCGAACAGCUCAAGCGCCUAGACGCAUACGCAGACUCCCUCAGUGCGGCAGAUAUAUUCUGUCGAGUCGACCUCCCAAACUACGAAACCGACCACGACCAACCCAUCGACGCAACCCAACCCCCCAUCCCCGAAAAGUCGCGCCUAAGCUACAACCUCGCCGCGCCACUCCUACAAGUCGACCCCAGCGCUGACUAUCUAAACCUCGACACCGCAAUCUCCAUUCAAACACACCUCCUCAUCAACCGCACAUACCCCGAACUAUCAACCUCACAAACACCCCUCACAGAAGACGCUUCCGCCGCUUCCAUCCUCCUCGCUCGCCACACCCAACGUACCUCGAUCCCCCUGACCCGCCCUGUCUUCGCCUCCGCCCUCGACUGUCUCGCCGCUCCACCAGAUCAACUCCUCGCCGAACGUACGUCUUUCACGCUCACGCCCUCGUCUUUCGACCGGACAUUCAGCAUCAUUACGCUCGACCUCGCACCCUACGUCCGCAGCAUAGUCGCCCACGAACAAAUGCUCGAGGACCAACGUCUUCGCUUGGGUACUCUGCUCACCGCGGGUGGCAACGGGAAAAGGGCGAGGACUACGAGGGCGAGUCGCGUGGCGCUUGAAGGGGGUGUGAGGGAGACGAAGAGGAGGGAUAGAUGGUUUGAGGCUGGAGUGGAUUUUGAGGCGGUUAUGAGGACUGCGGGGGAAUGUUGGGCGGGCAUGGGUUGGAGGGGUGAGGGUGGGGAUGAGGAAGGGACGGCGAGUGCGGCUGGGACAAUGGUGGAUGGGGAUGUGGAGAUGGAGACAUCAUCUUCUCAAGAGUAG